GCGUAUAUAACGCUUUUAUCGGUGACCACAACGUGGUUAAUAGGUCGUCGUAUGAAUUUGGGACGACGCGCCAAGAUUGCGUUGCAUUCGACAAUGGCGAUGGGUUAUGCUCAAGUGCUUCUCGGCAUUGUCACUCUAGUGCGCAUUCGGAUUUUCUUUUCAUUUUAA